GGACAUGAUUGCGCUGGAAUUUUAAACAAUUCACCCCCUUCGAAGAACAAACUGGAUGAGCAAGGUGGGAAGCAGAGAGAUUAGAAGGGUCUUAGAAGAAGCCAUGUGAGAGACAGCGGUGCCUGACCAGGAUGAGAACAGUAGAGUGCUUAGAGGUGAAUUGGGGUGCUUAGAAGUACUUAGAGGUUCUCGGAGAUUGUUCUCAAUGUAACUUGAAGGCAAAGCUGGCAGGAUUUCCAUGGAUUGCAUGUAGUGUGUCGUGUGAGAGUCACAGAGGAGUCAAGGACUCCAGGGCUUCUGGCUUAAGACGAGUGAGUUCUGUCUGUUCCAACAAGGAAGGUUGCAGCACAAGCAGAGCAGGGGGUCAUGAGAUGGAGCUUCACCUGGGGCACAUUAGGCCAAGUGAAGGUAUCCAUCGAGCAUCUAGAUAUUUGAGUCUGGAGCUCUGGGUGGGGAGUGUCAGUAGACAGGCAGCAUUUAAAGCCAAGAGACAGAGUAAGGAGAUGAGUAGGGCAAAGCAGAGCCCAUGCAUGGUCUUCGGGGAGAUGCAGACCGGUACAGAGAAGUCUGGGAGCCUGAGGGGUGUAGGAGGAACAUCAAGAAAGAACACAUCACAGGAGCCAAGUGAAGAAACUACUUCAAGAAAAAAGGAGGAACUGCCAUUGCAGCCAAAAUGAAUCCCAAGGAAGAAAAAGUAAAAAUAAUCACAGAGGAGUUCAUCGAAAACGAUGAGGACACACGUGUGGGAAGGCAGAAGAAGACCUCAAAGACUGCAAGACAAAAAAGGAAGAAACAGCUGCCCACUGCUGGUGGCCCCGAGGAAAUGGUGUCUGAAAAUCCCCACUUGGGUGACCAGCAGGAGCCCAUGCAGGAAGAUUCUGACACUCGGCCCCUGAGCAUAACAAGCCGUCGUGGCCCACGGAGCUUACCUCCAAUUCCUUCAGCUUCCAGGACAGGCUUUGCAGAAUUUUCCAUGAGGGAACGCAUGAGGGAGAAAUUACAAGCUGCAAGGUCCAAAGCAGAAAGCACGUUGCUGCAGGAAAUUCCUACCCCUCGGCCCAGGCGCUUACAAAGCCCCAACAAGAGAGAACUGGAGACUGAAUUUGGCACAGAGGUGAGAAAGGCAGGUGAGGAGGUACAGAGGACUCAACAAGAUGAUUUCCAAAGUUACUCAAGAGUAAAAUUCCGUGAUUCUGUACAAAAAAUCAAGCCUAAACUCCCGGUUCCACCUGGCUUCCCUUCUGCCGAAGAAGCCUAUAACUUCUUCACUUUCAACUUUGAUCCCGAACCAGAGGAAUCACAAGAAAAGCCAAAAGCCAAAACCAGAGCUGGCCCGAACCAAGAGGAGGAGGAAGGAGAGGAAGAAGAGCCUCCUGCGCCAGGAGAACGCAGAACGGACGAGGAAGAGCUGCUCGGUGCCAAGGAUGAAGAGGAUUUUCUGUUGGGCUUAGACCACGCAGCUGAGGAUUUCAUAGCCGUCAGACCCGCAGAGUAUGAAAGCGUCCACGUUCGACUGCAGAUGGAAAGAGAACUCCUCUUCGUACCCAGCAGGGUGACAGUGCCUACGUAUAAAAAGCUUCCCGAGAACGUGCAGCCCAGAUUUCUGGAAGACGAAGGCCUUUAUAUUGGGGCAAGACCAGAGGUGCCGCGUGCCUGUCAGAACACCAUGGAGAACAGGCUGCUGACGCAGGAGCCCGGAAGGAAGUGGUUUGGAGAUGAUGGGAGAAUUCUGGCACUGCCCAACCCCACCAAGGCAUUUCCUUCCAGACCACCAAUGCUGACACAGGCGCAAGACAUUAAGGCAGAACUUGAAACACUGUAUAAAAAGGCAGUAAAAUAUGUCCACAGGAGUCAACACAUGAUUGGAUCUGGGGACCCCCCUGGAAAUUUCCAACUGGACAUUGAUAUUUCAGGGUUAAUCUUCACUCAUCAUCCUUGUUUUAGCCGAGAGCAUGUUUUGGCAGCCAAGCUGGCCCAACUAUACGACCAGUACCUUGCAAGACAGCAGAGAAACAAGGCAAAAUUCCUCACUGAUAAGCUUCAAGCUCUAAGAAAUGCAGUUCAGACAGGAAUGAAUCCAGCAAAGCCUCAUAAAUCUCUUGAUACAACCCAAAAAGCCAUCAAUGAGUAUAAAUCUGAAAUUCGGCAAACAAGAAAACUACGUGACACUGAACAAGAAAAAGAUCGAACAUUGCUUAAAACCAUCAUAAAAGUUUGGAAGGAGAUGAAAUCCCUUCGAGAAUUUCAGAGGUUUACGAAUACACCCUUGAAACUUGUUCUGAGAAAGGAAAAAGUUGACCAGGAAGCAGACAAAGCAGCAUAUGAGGCAGAAAUUCAAGCUGAGAUAAGUGAGUUGCUGGAAGAGCACAGGGAAGAAUAUGAACAGAAGACGGAGGCGUACAGAGCCGCGUACCAGCAGUGGAAAGCCUGGAAGAAAGCCCAGAGGGCCAAGAAGAAGAAAAAGAAGCAAGAACAUCCUGUCGAAGAACAUCCCAACGAGGGCUUGGAGGAGCCGUAUCCCGGGGAAGAGCCUGUGAAGCCAGUCCCCCCGGAGCCCACCGAUCAGGCGUUGGUCGAGCAACAGGUGAGGGAGAGGGCAGCCCGGAGCAGGAGAAGGCCUGGGGAGCCCACGCUGGUGCCGGAGCUGAGCCUGGCGGGGAGCAUCACUCCCAACGAGCAGUGUCCCAGGGUGGAGGUCUUGCGAAGGGAGGAUGUCAAGAGGCGCUCGCUAUAUAUAAAGGUGAUCUUCAACGACAAGGAAGUGUCCAGGACCGACAGUCGGCCACUCGGGGCAGACUUCCGAGUUCACUUUGGACAGAUUUUCAAUUUGCAAAUAUUCAACUGGCCAGAGAGUUUAACAUUGCAGGUAUAUGAAACAGUUGGACACACUGGUACCACAUUGCUAGCAGAAGUGUUUCUGCCUAUUCCUGAAACUACCGUUGUCACUGGCAGAGCUCCCAUUGAAGAAGUGGAGUUUAGUAGUAACCAGCAUGUGACACUGGACCACGAGGGAGUUGGAAGUGGAGUGCCUUUCUCAUUUGAAGCAGAUGGUAGUAAUCAACUGAUUCUAAUGACCUCGGGGAAGGUGUCCAACAGUGUGGCCUGGGCCAUUGGAGAAAAUGGGAUCCCUUUAAUUCCCCCACUGUCACAGCAGAACAUCGGAUUUAGAAGCGCUUUGAAGAGGGCAGAUGCCAUCUCCUCUAUUGGUACAUCCGGACUGACAGACUUGAAAAAGUUGGCCAAGUGGGCAGCAGAGUCCAAGCUCGACCCGAACGACCCCAACAAUGCCCCUUUGAUGCAGCUAAUAUCGGUUGCUACCAGCGGUGAAUCCUAUGUCCCUGAUUUCUUCCGCCUAGAGCAGCUGCAACAAGAAUUUAACUUUGUUUCGGAUGAGGAAUUAAAUAGAUCCAAACGAUUCAGGCUUCUUUGUCUUAGAAGCCAAGAGGUGCCCGAAUUUCGAAAUUAUAAGCAAAUUCCGGCAUAUGAUCGAGAAAUUCUAGAAAAAGUAUUCCAGGACUAUGAGAAACGUUUACGAGACAGAAACAUAAUUGAAACCAAGGAUCACAUAGAUACCCAUAGGGCCAUAGUAGCCAAGUACCUCCAACAGGUUAGAGAAUCAGUGAUAAAUCGUUUCCUGAUUGCAAAGCACCAUUUUCUUCUUUCGGAUUUGGUCGUAGAAGAAGAAGUUCCCAAUAUCAGCAUUCUGGGGCUAAGCCUUUUCAAGCUGGCAGAACAAAAGCGACCACUAAGGCCAAGGAGAAAAGGUCGGAAGAAGGUGACAGCCCAAAACCUGUCCGAUGGAGACAUAAAGGUGCUGGUGAACAUCAUCCGGGCUUAUGACAUUCCCGUGAGGAAGCCAAUGGCAAGCAAAUUCCAGCAGCCAUCAAGAUCUUCAAGGACUUUCAGCGAGAAACGUGCUGCUUCCCCAACCACACACAGCCCUACCCACAGUGUGGACUACCCCCUCGGCCAGGUUUUAGUACGUCCUUUUGUAGAAGUUUCUUUUCAACGAACAAUUUGCCACACAACUACAGCUGAAGGACCAAACCCCAGCUGGAAUGAAGAACUGGAACUUCCUUUUAGGGCCCCCAAUGGGGAUUACAGCACGACCAGUUUGCAGUCAGUGAAAGACGACGUGUUCAUAAACAUCUUUGAUGAAGUGCUGUACGACGUCCUAGAGGAUGACCGUGAAAGAGGAAGCGGAAUCCACACGCGUAUUGAGAGACACUGGUUGGGAAGCGUGAAAAUUCCAUUUAGCACCAUUUAUUUCCAAGCCAAGAUUGAUGGGACGUUUAAAAUAGACAUUCCCCCUGUUCUUCUGGGCUACAGCAAGGAGCGAAGCCUGAUUAUCGAGCGGGGUUUUGACUCUGUGCGAAGCCUGAGUGAAGGCUCCUACAUCACCCUGUUCAUUACCAUCGAGCCUCAACUGGUUCCCGGGGAGUCGGUUCGAGAAAAGUUUGAUUCUCAGGAAGAUGAGAAAUUGCUUCAAGCAACAGAGAAGUUUCAAACUGAAUGUGCCUUAAAGUUUCCACAUCGCCAGUGCCUCACAACAGUGACGGACAUCAGUGGGAAAACCGUCUUUGUCACCCGUUACCUCAAGCCUUUAAACCCUCCCCAGGAGCUCCUGGAUGCCUGCCCCAAUAGCCCCCAGGCAACGGCGGAACUGGUGGCUCGAUAUGUGUCAUUGAUUCCUUUCUUGCCUGAUACGGUUUCAUUUGCCGGCAUCUGUGACCUGUGGAGCACCUCCGAUCAAUUUCUGGAUCUCCUGGCAGGAGACGAAGAAGAGCAUGCAGUGUUACUCUGUAAUUACUUUCUCUCUCUGGGGAAGAAGGCCUGGCUCAUGAUGGGCAGUGCGAUUCCUGAGGGUCCAACUGCUUAUGUGCUAACUCGGGAGCAAAGUCACUAUUUAAUAUGGAAUCCCUGCACUGGACAUUUUUAUGGACAAUUUGAUACAUUCUGUCCCUUAAAAAGUGUGGGCUGUUUAAUAGGUCCCGAUAAUAUUUGGUUUAAUAUUCAACGAUAUGACUCCCCACUACGGAUAAAUUUUGACGUCACCAAGCCCAAGCUAUGGAAAUCUUUCUUUUCAAGAAGCCUUCCAUAUCCUGGCCUCUCUAGCGUUCAGCCAGAAGAACUAAUUUACCAGCGCACAGACAAAGCGGCCGCAGCUGAGCUACAAGACAGGAUUGAAAAAAUACUAAAAGAAAAAAUCAUGGACUGGAGGCCACGCCAUCUGACUAGAUGGAACAGGUACUGUACCUCUGCCCUACGGCACUUCUUGCCGGUGUUAGAAAGAAGUCGAGGAGAAGAUGUAGAAGAUGACCACAGAGCAGAGCUGCUCAAACAGCUGGGAGACUACCGGUUCUCUGGAUUUCCCCUGCACAUGCCCUAUUCUGAACUGAAGCCUUUAAUUGAAGCAGUGUACAGCACCGGAGUACAUAAUAUUGAUGUUCCCAAUGUUGAAUUUGCUUUAGCUGUAUAUAUCCACCCAUACCCCAAAAAUGUUUUGUCUGUUUGGAUUUAUGUUGCCUCCCUUAUACGCAACAGGUAAUUUUUUCAUUGUGUAUUUUUUGUAUCAUGUAAAAACUGUAAUUAAGGUAUGAGAAUAUUUUUGUGAUACAUCAGAACAAAUUAUUUGUAAGUAACGAAAUAAAAUUAUCAUUUUCAAAGUAAGUAUUAUUUAGUAGUUGGCCUUGCCUCUUGUUUUAACCAAAGCUACCCAGAGUUCCCCCUCACACUAAGAGCUCCCUAACUCUAUGCCUUUGUAUUUACCUUCUACUUGGAAUGCCCUCCUUCUUUGCCUACCCAGAAUACCCAUCAUACUUUCAAGACCCAGCAAAACAACACAAUUUCUCUGGGGGAAGGAACAACUUUGCAAUAUAAAAAUUUUAACACCAAAUACCUCUUAAGACCUUUUCCUAUAGGGGCGCCUGGGUGGCUCAGUGGGUUGGGGCCUCUGCCUUCAGCUCAGGUCGUGG